UUCACAUCUUUGAUCAUUACUGCAUCGUUGUGCGUACAAAUGAAGGUAUCUCUGACCAAUUCAACGAUAAGAUACUUAAUUUGUACGUCCUGAACGAAGUUGAGUAGGGGGAGGUCUUAGGGAGCGGGGAAUAUUUUUGUAAAACGGAACGGUGAAUAUUGAUACGAUGUCAAACUCCAAGCCUGGAAACUUUGUUCGAACCGGUGAUAAACAAACCUGCCCCUACACGGACAAAUGCUACCGGAAAAAUCCCAUACAUUUCACAGAGAUGUCGCAUCCGCAUCUUGAAGAUUUAUUAAAGAACCAGCUUGAUGGUGCGGUUACGGUGCCGGCACACCUUGAUUUCGAAUGCAGCGACAGAUCGGUAUUACUGGACCAGCUGAAAGUGCUCCAAAUGGUCCUUAGAAAAGAGAGAGAUGGUAACGGAGUAAAAAAUGCUCAGAGCGUUAACACGCAAGCGGACCCAAAAGCCAGCAUACAAAAUGUGCCACAAUUUAAGAAUAGCAUUCCUCAGGAUCUCAAAGACAAAAUAGACAGGAACAAACGUAUGGCCGUUGAAAGACGAGAAGCUAAAUUAAGGGAAAUGGAUAGAAAGGCGGUAUCCCUUUCGAAACCAUCGGCAAGUAAUGGCGGCGACGAAGCGUCGACAUUUUCCGAAAGCUCCGGUCCCAGCAAAGAAGAGGUAUCCAAUGAAACUUGGAGCAAACUUGCCGAUAGAAUGAAAAAACAGAAACUUGAAAACAAGGACGAGGAGAAGUCCUUGAAAAGAGUUUCCGAAUUUUCUAGCCGGGAAGCAGACACAUCUAAGAGAUUUAAAAACGAUCAAACAAAUAAAGACACAAAUCGCGGUCACGGUCAAAGCUCCAGCAGAUCUGGCAGGCAAAAUGCAGAUGGAAAGGGCAGCGUCAGAAGUACUAAUUCGCCACGCGAUCAAGACACAGAUCUUAUGACAGCUUAUGCUGGAAGUAGCAGCGCUGCAUCAAGAGAUGCCAUAAGGCUGAAGGUGAUAGAAAAAAUACGAAAGAGCGGUAUGAAAAUAUCGAUCGUCGAACCUGGAGAGUUCGCUUUGAAGUACGCUUUAUCGGCACCUUAUCACAUAUUUCUAACGAGAGUGGAAGACGCGAAAGAAACACACGAACAACAGUUCUCGAUUACAUUUCCCGAGAUAUUGGACAAAAGCUUGGGUGAAAUAGUUUCUAGUCUACAAAUUAAUUUUAUGCUCGAUGCGGGCUGGUUAUGCGCCCAAUAUCUACUCGCCGCUCAAUCUUCGGACAUGCUCAUUUUGUACGGGGAAAGAGAAGAUCAGGAAAAGUUGCCUCCAAACAUCAAAACGCAUCACAUUCAAAUGCCGGCUUUCGGCUGCCAUCAUUCAAAACUAAUGGUACUCAAAUACAAAAACAAUGGAAUCAGGGUCGUCGUUUCCACCGCUAAUCUUUAUUCAGAUGAUUGGGAGAACAGAACACAAGGGGUGUGGAUAUCUCCUCAUCUGCCGCAGUUGCCGGAAUCAGCGAAUCCAAGUGACGGAGAAUCUCCAACCGGCUUCAAAAGAGAUUUUGAACGAUACUUGCAAAAGUAUAACCUUCCAGAUUUAAUAGAAUGGACUUACGCGGUGAGACGAGCCGAUUUUUCCGAAGUCAACGUGUUCUUUGUGGCUUCGGUACCGGGAAAUCACAAGGACGCCGAGUUCAAUUCAUGGGGUCACAGAAAGCUCUCGACAGUUUUAUCGCAGCAUGCUUUUCUACCACCAAACGCACCUGAGUGGCCGAUCGUCGCGCAGUGUUCGAGCAUUGGCAGUCUUGGACCGAAUUACGAAAGCUGGCUGUCCAGGGAAAUCGUACCCGCCAUGACCAGGGAAAAAAAUCAGGGAAUCAAAAGCCAUCCCCGAUUUCAGUUCGUCUACCCAUCGAUUAACAAUUACAAAUGCAGUUUCGAUAUGCGGAAGGGUGCUUGCUGUUUACCGUACGGAUUGGCGACCCACCAGAAGCAGCAAUGGAUCGAAUCUUACCUUUAUCAAUGGAAGGCGAGCAAUACGCAUCGAGACCGUGCUAUUCCUCACAUCAAAACUUACACACGGAUAUCGCCGGAUCUGACCGAAAUUCCUUGGUUCGUUCUGACGAGUGCGAAUCUGAGUAAGGCCGCUUGGGGCCAUAAAAGGGGAAAUCACUACAUAAUGAGCUAUGAAGCUGGGAUCAUAUUUGUGCCAAAAUUUGUUACCGGAAAAACUACUUUCCAUAUCCAGAAGGAAGCGCCAGAUGGAACGCCAAAAUUUCCCAUUCCAUACGACCUUCCUUUGACCCGAUACGGCUCUCAGGACAAACCGUUCGUCAUGGAGUUCUUCAAGGGAUACGAAUAGAGGAUCUGAUGUGAUUUAAUUCAAUAAUAACAUAUGUACCUCAACACUUUCAGCAGAAUUAUUGUAUGAUUAUUUAAAAAUAUUAUCUACCCUGCGCCGUUAUUGCAACAGGCUUUUUGUUACGAGAUGUCAUGUAUUUACCUAUCAAUGAAUUCAAUUAAACUAGUUUUAUUUUUUCAUAACGUGGA